GUUUGUGUGCGUGCGCGCACGCGCGCGUGUUUACUCCCUCCAGAUUCUCCGCAUCUCAUGAUCCUGCGAGCGUCUCUAGGUGAUUUAGCGGCGCCAGUCUGAAGCAGGUGUUCAACAUGGCGAGCUCGGGACUCGGAUCUCACUCUAUUUCACUCUUUUUCUACGUGUUUUUUGCAACGUUUCUGCAUAAAGUGCAGGGUCAGAACCUGGUGACGAAUAAUGUCUCGGUGGUCGAGGGCGAGAUGGCCAUCAUCAGCUGCCGAGUGAAAAACAACGACGACUCCGUCAUCCAACUGCUCAACCCCAACCGACAGACCAUCUACUUCAGAGACGUUAGACCCUUGAAGGACAGUCGGUUUCAGCUGGUUAACUUCUCAGACAACGAGCUGCUGGUGUCGUUGUCCAACGUGUCACUCUCGGACGAGGGACGGUACGUGUGCCAGCUCUACACGGAUCCCCCGCAGGAAGCCUACGCAGACAUCACUGUGCUGGUUCCACCAGGCAAUCCAAUCUUAGAGUCCCGCGAGGAAAUCGUGAGUGAGGGGAAUGAGACGGAGAUAACCUGCACCGCCAUGGGCAGCAAACCUGCUUCCACCAUCAAAUGGAUGAAAGGAGACCAACCACUGCAAGGUGAGGCGACUGUCGAGGAGUUAUACGACAGGAUGUUCACUGUCACCAGCCGGCUCAGGCUCACCGUCUCUAAGGAGGACGAUGGAGUGGCCGUCAUCUGCAUCAUUGACCACCCAGCCGUGAAGGACUUCCAGGCUCAGAAAUACCUGGAAGUGCAGUAUAAACCAGAAGUGCAGAUUGUAGUGGAGUUUCCUGAGGGUUUGACAAGAGAAGGGGAAAAUCUCGAGCUGACAUGCAAAGCUAAAGGAAAACCGCAGCCUCAUCAAAUUAACUGGCUCAAAGUGGAUGAUGAUUUCCCCUCCCACACCAUGAUUAGUGGCUCUGAUCUCUUCAUCGAAAACCUUAACAAGUCCUUCAACGGAACGUACCGCUGUGUGGCAUCUAACUUAGUGGGAGAAGCCUAUGAUGAUUACAUCCUUUAUGUAUAUGAUUCAAGAGCAGAUGGAGCACCACAGAAAAUCGAUCACGCCGUCAUCGGCGGUAUUGUCGCAGUGGUUGUGUUCGCCAUGCUGUGUCUCCUGAUUGUUCUCGGACGAUACUUUGCAAGACACAAAGGUACCUACUUUACUCAUGAAGCCAAAGGAGCGGACGACGCCGCAGACGCAGACACUGCCAUCAUCAACGCAGAGGGUGGACACAACAAUUCGGACGACAAGAAGGAGUACUACAUUUAACUGACUAGUCCCGUUUGCGUCCUGUGCCGAACAGCAAACUGUGGACUGCUGGGUUGGGAGGUAGGAGUUGUGGGAUUCAAUCAGGCUGGAUUCACACCUGUGCAGCUGAAGAGACGAUGAGGAGAAGGUGCUGCCAUCGAGACGGAUGGGGUGUGGGAUGGCAGAGCACUAGGAGAGCUCAAUCUUAGACCGCUUCACCAUCCAACACCUCCUGCUGGGGCCGGUUUUGUUCAGUUUAAACAUUUGCUAAGAAUUUUGUGCCUUGUUCUGUUCUUACUGAAGUUCCCACUUUCAUCAGGACAGCCGCAAGCUACUGUCUCUCGAACAGUUCAGACCCGCGGUUAUUUUAUUUUCCUUUCAUUUUGGUUUUAAUUGCCGGCACAUCUUAACGCUCUCUCUCUCAUGCCGUUCUGUCUGCAGGUCUGAAAGAAACCACACACAAAGUUCCGAUGUAAGAUUCUGUCAGAAUAAUCGCUUGGGUUGUUUUCAUGGAUUGAUUCCAUGUAAUUUAUUUGACAAAUUGCCUGUUGCUCUCCUUAGUCCCUCAGAGAAUGACUUAAAGAAGAUAGAAACCACUUUUGUUGUGACCAGCAACAUUCAACUGCAGUAUUGUGUUGCAGCAUUAUUUAUUAGCUAUACUGUAUGUGAUUAUAAUCAGCUUGUGCUGAUAUUAGGGCUGUCAAUUGAACACAUUACUUCAAUGCAAUUAAAUAAUAAAAAAAAAAAAUAGCAUUAAGUCAAAAUGCUCCUGAUCCAUACGUAAUUUUGUCAGUGACCUUACACAUUUUUGUCCAAUCUAUUUACUUAUUCAAAUUAUUAUUAGGCAUAAUAUUUUGUAUAUUUUUUAGAAGAAAAGAAAUAUCAAAACUGCUGCAAUGUUUAUGUUUUUAUCUGAAAAUGU